UGGUAUGCUCUUCUUGAUACAGGAGAGAAGGAAUCAGCCCUACAGUAAAGGAGAAGAAGCCUCGUACCCUUAAGGCUGGGAGGUCUGCUGCCACCACUGCGAAUAGGAAAUGUACGGUAGUGGUGGUCAGAGGCUGUUUUCUCAGGGGGAUGGAGGUGCCAUUCUGUCACCCUGACAAUUCAUCUUGAGAAGUAUGCUGCCUACCAGGGGCCCAUAUCCAAGACAUUACAGAGGCAUUGUUGAGGAUUAUCCAGCCCUCUGACUACUCAUGCUACUCAUCCAUGUGGGCACAAAUGAUAUUGCAAGGUGUGACACUGAGCGAAUCAAGAGUGACUACAGAGCUCUGGGAGUACAGGUGAAGGAGUUUGGAGCACAGGUGGUAUUCUCUUCCAUCCUUCCUGUCAAAGAAACCACCUGUCCCUAAGUGCUAGGCCAGAGCUGAGAGAAGGCUACUGCGUGAGGACAAAUUCAGGCACUGAUGGGUAAUGCCUGGAGAUUUUCCUCCUCCCUGUAGUCUCCACACCCCGGCUCCCUGCUCUCAAGCUGGAGAGGUCUGUUGGAGUCAACAGCAUGUGGGAUUAAGGAGCACACACUGAAAAGGAGACAGAGCCAACCUUCACCUCCGUCCCCAGGGCCUCGGGGAGUUGUUGGCAAUGGGGUGCCUGAAAAGGUCAACUCAGCUGCUGCUGCAGCUGCUGCUACUUGGGGGCCUGAAGCCAGGGCAGGGCUCUACUGUGCUGGGCACCCUGGAUUUACAGAUAGAUGAGGAGCAGCCAACUGGCACCAUCAUCGGGGACAUCAGUGCUGGACUGCCCCCCAGCACUACUGCCUACAUGUACUUCAUCUCCGCGCAGGAGGGCAGUGGCGUCACCACAGACCUGGAGAUAGAUGAGAACACAGGCAUCAUCAAAACAGCCCGUGUGCUGGACCGAGAGAGCCGGGACCGCUACAGCUUCAUUGCUGUCACCCCUGAGGGCAUUACAGUGGAGGUGAAUGUCCAGGUAAAUGACAUCAAUGACCAUGCACCAGAAUUCCCCAAGCACCACUACACCUUUCAAAUCCCAGAGCACACCCACAUUGGCAGCAGGUUCCCCCUGGACCCAGCCUUUGAUGCUGACAGUGGCCUGCUGAACACCCAGGGUUAUGUGCUCAAAGGGGAGAAUGUGGGCCAAGCCUUCCGCCUGGAGACACGCAGGGGCCCCAAUGGGGUCCUGUACUUGGACCUGGUGGUCAGCAACGUCCUGGACCGGGAGAACUGCUCAUCGUACUCCCUGCUGCUAGAGGCCUAUGAUGGUGGCUCCCCUCCCCGCAGCACUCAGAUGACUUUGGAUGUGGCCAUACAGGACAUCAAUGACAAUGCACCUGCCUUCAACCAGAGCCGCUACCACACCCUCAUCUCCGAGAACCUGAAGCCAGGCAGCAGCAUCCUGCAGGUCUUUGCCUCUGAUGCAGAUGAGGGUGACAACGGGGCUGUGGUGUAUGAGAUCAACCGUCGGCAGAGUGACCCUGACCAGUACUUCACCAUCGACUCCAGGACGGGUGUCAUCAAGCUCAACAAGGGGCUGGACUAUGAGAUGAGGAAGGUGCAUGAGCUGGUGGUGCAGGCAUGGGACAAGGCCAUGCACCCAGAGGUCACCACAGCCUUUGUCACCAUCCACGUGCGUGACUACAAUGACAACCAGCCCACCAUGACCAUCAUCUUCCUGAGCGAGGAUGGCUCACCACAGAUCUCCGAGGGUGCCCAGCCCGGCCAGUAUGUGGCACGCAUCUCUGUCUCGGACCCCGACUAUGGUGAGUACUCCAACGUCAAUGUCUCCCUGGAGGGGGGAGACGGCAAAUUUGCCCUCACCACCAAGGACAAUAUCAUCUACUUGAUCUGUGUGGACCAGCUGCUGGAUCGGGAGGAGAGAGACUCCUAUGACCUGCGAGUGACGGCCACUGACUCAGGGACCCCUCCACUGCGGGCAGAGUCGGCCUUUGUGCUGCAGGUGAUGGAUGUCAAUGACAACCCACCACUCUUUGACCAGCAAGAAUACAAGCAGAGCAUCCCCGAGGUGGUGUACCCAGGCAGCUUUGUUCUGCAGGUGACAGCCCGUGACAAAGAUCAAGGUCCCAAUGGGGAGGUACGGUACAGCAUCCUACACAGCCAGGACACCCACUCCAACUGGUUCACCAUCGACCCAGCCACAGGCAUCAUCACCACCGCUGCCUCCCUGGAUUAUGAGAAGGACCCCCAGCCCCAGCUGACAGUGCUGGCUAUGGACAGAGGGACACCUGUCCUCUCCUCCACGGCGGUGGUGCAUGUGGCCCUGCAGGACAUCAAUGAUAAUGAGCCUGUAUUCAGGAGCAACUUCUACAAUGUAUCCCUGAAGGAGAACACACCCGCUGGGACCUGCUUCCUACAGAUCACGGCCACGGAUGCAGACAGUGGCCCCUUCGGCUCCCUCUCCUACUCCAUCGGCUCCGGCAUCGGCAGCAUUGUCCCCACGCAGUUCAGCAUCGAUGAGCACACUGGGCAGUUGUGCACAGUGCAGGGCCUGGACCGCGACGAGGGGGCCGCCGCCUAUGACUUCACUGUCACUGCUGUUGAUGGGGGUGGUCUGAACUCCAUGGUGUACGUGAAGGUUUUCCUGGAGGAUGUGAAUGAUAACCAUCCGGCGUUCUACCCCCUGGAGUACGCAGCCAGUAUCAGCACGCAGAGCAUGCCAGGCACAGCUGUGCUGCGCGUCAUGGCCCACGACAAGGAUGAGGGUCCCCACGGGAAGGUGACGUACCACAUUGUCUCGGGGAACUCGCCCCCUCUCUUCUCUCUGCACAAGGACACAGGUGUUGUCUCCCUCUCGUGGUCUCUGAGUGGCAAAGCCAACACGCUGGUGCAGCUGGUGAUCUCAGCACGGGAUGGAGGGGGCCUGUCAGCCCAACCCAAUGCCCAAGUGAACAUCAGCAUUGUGGCUGGCACGGUCUCACCUCCUGUCUUUGAGCAGGCACAGUACUUCUUCACAGUGCCUGAGGACACACAGCAGGGGGCGAGUGUUGGGGCCGUCCGGGCCCAUAACCCCCCAGGUCACUCUGAUGACAUCUUUUAUUCCAUCUCCUCGGGAGAUCCCCAUGGCUAUUUCUUCAUUGACUCCAGCUUGGGACAGCUCCGCACCAGCCUCCCUCUUGACCAUGAGGUCCAGGCAGUUCUGGUUCUGGAUGUGCAGGCCCGAAGUGGCUCGCCGCCUGCCUACAGCAACACCCAGGUGAAGAUUUCCGUGUCAGACGUGAAUGACAAUGCACCAAGCUUCCUGGCCCCUUCUGACUCCAUCCUGCUGCCAGAGGCCACAGAGGUGGGGGCCACUGUCUACACGCUGCAGGCGGAGGAUCGGGACAGUGGUGCCAACGGGCAGGUGCACUUUGAGCUGGUGUCAGGUGGGGGCGGCAUCUUCAGUGUGGAGCGCUCCUCUGGGACAGUGCGUGUGGUGGGGGCGCUGCAGUACGAGGCCAGUGCUGCCUAUGGCCUAGCCAUAGUGGCACGGGACAGCGGUGUGCCCCAGCUCAGUGCCACCUUCACCCUGCUGGUGCACGUGCAGGCAGAGCACGACCACGGUCCCAUCUUUGACACACUCACCUACCGUGUGGAGGUGCGGGAGGGCACUCCUGUCUCCACUCGCUUCCUGCAGGUGCGGGCCCUGGGCCGGGACAGUGGUGCCACGCCUCUCAUUUACCACCUGCGUGCUGAUGGCGAUGCUGCUAGCUUUGGCAUCAUGCCCGAGAGCGGCUGGCUGUAUGUCAAGAGUGCGUUGGACCGGGAGACACGGGACCUGUACAUGCUGACAGUGCUGGCGUCUGCUGGGGCAGGCGGCACCAGCGGCGAGGCCAGGAAGACUGGCACCAGCACGGUGCGGGUCAGCAUCACUGACGAGAAUGACAACAGCCCCCGGCUCAGCGAGGAGCGCUAUUUCUUCACCAUUCCCGAGAACCAGCCACCUGGCAGCAGGGUGGGCAGGGUGACAGCCAGUGACCGGGACACAGGGCAGAACAGCCGCCUCACCUACCGCCUCCUCCAGCAUGACCCCAACUUCCUCAUCCACAUGCAGUCUGGAGAGCUCACUGCCAAGCGCAGCCUGGACCGGGAGCAGCAGUCAAGCUAUCAGCUGCUGGUGAUCGUGCAGGAUGGGGGGACACCACCCCGCAGCGUCACAGGCACCAUCUAUGUCACCGUCUUGGAUGAGAAUGACAAUUUGCCGGCUUUCCUUCAUGUGCUGGGCGGGCGGGAGGUCCUGGUGCAGGUGCUGGAGGAGAAGCCAUCAGGGCUGCUGGUCGCCUCCCUGCAGGCCAAGGACCCAGACGAGGGUGAGAAUGGGACCAUCUUCUACUCACUAACAGGGGCUUGGGCCGAGCGCUUCACACUGCACACAGCCACGGGGGAGCUGCGUACAGCCACUGUGCUGCGCCGAACUGACCGGGCCGAGUACAUCUUCACUGUGACAGCCAGUGACCGGGGCAUGGAGCCCCACAGUACAGCAGCCACUGUCCGCAUCCAGGGGCUGCCACAGCCAGACGCCACCGUGGUUACACUGCACCUGGUAGAAGGGGUCAGACCCGGCUCAGUGAUUGGCUCAGUGGCGCCGCCUGAGGCCUCUGCACAGGAGCAUCUGACUUACACUCUCCUGGAAGGCGGUGGGGAUGGCACUUUUGUGGUGGACAGCAUGACGGGGGAGAUAUACGUAGCGCGGGAGCUGGACUACGAGGUUGGGGCACAGCACACACUGCAUGUCAGUGCCGAGGACACGCAGCGCGGCUACCCUGCCAGUCGGCUGGUGCUGGUGCAGAUCCAAGUGCAGGACUGUAACGACCAGGCACCUGCCUUUCCCGAGGACCCCAUCACUAUUGUGGUGCCUGAGAACACCCAGGCCGGCACAUCCAUCUUCACCUUCCAGGCCCUAGAUGGAGACGGUGCUGGCCCCAACAGUCAGGUGUGCUAUAGGCUGCUGCGCCAGGAGCCUCCUGGCUCCCACUUCCAGCUGGAUGCCCACUCUGGACUGCUGAGCCUCCAGCAGGGGCUGGACCGCGAGGCUGCCCCCUCCUUUCUGCUGGUGGUGGAGGCCACAGACCAGGCCCGCAACAUCAGCCAGCGCCGCUCCGCUGCCAUCUCUGCCCGUGUCUUUGUGACAGAUGAGAACGACAACGUGCCCGUCUUCCUCUCGCCAGCCACCAUUAGCAUCAGGGAGGACCAGCCCACUGGCUUUAUGGUGCUGCAUGUGGUGGCACAGGAUAGGGACCUGGGCGAGAAUGGGCGGGUGAGCUACACGCUGCAGGCAGGCAACACUGAGGGCCGGUUCCACCUGAACCCCAGCACAGGUGCCCUCUCCAUUGUGCGUGCUCUGAACCGUGAGGAGGUGUCUCAGCACAACCUGACAGUGGUGGCCAUGGACCACGGCUUCCCGCGCUGCUCGUCCACGCAGCUGCUGACAGUGCUGGUGCUGGACGUUAAUGAUGAGGCACCUGCCUUCGAGAGGGCUGAGUAUGAGGCCAGUGUCAUGGAGAAUCUGCCAGCGGGCAGCCCUGUGCUGCAGCUGCUGGCCACAGACUGCGACCUUGGGGCCAAUGGGCAUGUAUCAUAUGGGGGCCUCUCUGGGGGUCCCUUCUCCAUCCACCCACAGACUGGGCUUGUCACCACCAUGCACUCCCUGGACCGGGAGAGGCGGGAGCAGCACGUGCUAACAGUCUAUGCCCGGGAUGGUGGCCUGCCCUCCAACCUGGCCAAAGUGACAGUGCGGAUCUUAGUGGGAGAUGAAAACGACCAUGCUCCGCGCUUCGAGAGCGAGUCCUGCUCCUUGGAGGUGCCCGAGAACCAGAGUCGCGUGGCGCUCUACACCCUGCGGGCCACAGACUUGGAUGCAGGCGAGAACGGGCGCCUGGAGUACCAUGUGAUGGAUGGAGACCCUGCCCAGGAUUUCAUCCUGGACCCUGUUUCUGGUGUGUUCUCCACCUCGCGCAGCCUGGACCGAGAGCUGGUGGCCUCUUACCAGCUGACUGUGGUGGCACGAGACCACGGCACACCCCAACGCAGUGCCACCAUGUCUCUGAGUGUGCGGGUGCUGGACCUCAAUGACAAUGCACCACGCUUUGCACAGGCAGCCUACACUGUGGAGGUGCCGGAGGACCUACCCGUCGGGGCACUGGUCCUGCAGCUGGUGGCACUGGACCCAGAUGAGGGCACCAACGGGCAGGUCUCCUACUACCUGGGCAAUGAGUCACUGGGCAUGUUCCAGAUGGAACCGCAGAGCGGGCGCAUCACCAGUGCCCAGGCCCUGGAUCGUGAGCGCCGCCCCACUUACAGCUUCCUGGCCAAAGCCGUGGACUUGGCAUCCUGGGAGCCCAAGAGUGCAGCCGUGUGUGUCACAGUCACCGUGCGAGACGUCAACGACCAUGUGCCUGCCUUUCUGCACAGCCCACUCUCUGUCAAUCUCUCCCGCUACACGCCACCUAAGCAGGUGGUGGCCACUAUGCGGGCUGAGGACAAAGAUGCAGGUGCCAACGCCUCCAUCCUGUACCGUUUUGCCACACCCAAUCCCAGCUUCGCCAUCAAUUCCUACACUGGCACCAUCCAGUUGCUGCAGCCCCUAGGCUCUCUCAGCCAGCGCCAGCGCACCCUCUUCAUCCUGGCCACAGACUUGGGCCAACCAGCCCUGUCCUCCACUGGUGUGGUGGUGAUCUACCUGCAGGAAGAGAGCUACCGGGGCGUGCACUUCCCCCGCAGCACCAGAGACGUGGCCAUACCUGAGAAUGCCGCCACAGGCACCACGGUGGUGAGCAUCCAGGCCAUACAUGCAGGGGGCUCCUCGGGGCGCAUCACCUACAGCAUUGUGAGUGGCAAUGAGAAGAAUGCUUUCCUCAUCCAGCCCAGCUCAGGUGCCAUCUCGGUGCAGGACUCCAGCAGCCUGGACUUCGAGUCAAGCCCUCGGCUGCGCCUCGUGGUUCAAGCAGAGACUGCCACCUCCUUUGGCUUCAUGGCCGUGAACCUCAACCUGCAGGAUGUGAAUGACAACUUGCCACGCUUCCAGCUGCAGAACUACGUGGCCUUUAUCUGGGAGUCACAGAGCUACGACUCCCCCGUCAUACAGGUUUUGGCUGACGACCUGGAUCAGGGUGCAAAUGGUCAGGUGACCUACGCCAUCAACCAGUCGCUGCCCAUGAAUGGGCUGUACCACAUUGAUGCCCAGAUAGGGACCAUCACCACUGCAGCCAUUCUGGACAGGGAGAUCUGGUCGCAGACCCGGCUGGUGGUGACAGCGAUGGACAGAGGAAACCCACCCCUCAUUGGCUCGGCCACGCUGACUGUGGUGGUGAUGGACGUUAAUGAUAACAGCCCCACCAUCCCCCCACCCUGGGAGGUGCGGGUGCCCGAGAACACCCUACUGGGCACUGAGAUCACCCAGGUGACGGGGAACGACGUGGACUCAGGCCCAGCGCUCUCCUACACGCUGGUGCCGGAUGGGGGCGCAGCAGGAACCUUCAGCAUCCUGCGCUACGGGGGCCGCAUUGCCCUAACAGCACCACUGGACUACGAGCAGUGCAGCCAUUAUGUCCUAACCAUCCGCUCCUCCGACUCCCGGCACGAGACUGAGGCCAACCUCACUGUCAUCGUGGAAGAUAUCAACGACAACGCGCCCACCUUCAGCCAGGGCCUCUACCAGGUGACAUUGCUGGAGCACACGCCAGCAGGCAGCACCAUCCUCACCGUCAGUGCCACAGACAGGGACUCUGGCAGCAAUGGGGAGCUCACCUACCGCCUGGCUGUGCCCAGCUCCGACGUCUCCAUCAACCCCAGCAAUGGAACACUGUUCACCUCUCGCCAGGUGGAGCUGGAUGCAAACCAGCCCACGCUGGACCUGGUGGUAGAGGUGCGUGACCACGGCUCUCCCAGUCUCUCGGCCUGGACCACAGUGCAGAUCCAGGUGCUGGAUGUGAAUGACCACAGCCCCACCUUCCAGCAGGCGCACUACAAUACCUGUGUCCCUGAGGACCUGCGCCCGGGCACCACUGUGCUGACGCUAGAGGCGGGUGACGCUGACCUGUCCCGGGAGAACGCCGGCUUCGACUACACCAUCGUCAGCGGCAACAGCGGCAAUGCCUUCCAGGUGGAGAGCCACAUGGGCUGGUCUCGGGGGCACCUGCGCACGCAGGGAGCCCUGGUGCUGGUGGAGGCACUGGACUUCGAAGCCGUCCCCAUCUACAACUUGACAGUGGCAGCCUCAGACCGGGGUGUGCCGCAGCGCAGCACCACUGUGCCAGUGCUUGUCACCGUGCUGGAUGUCAACGACAACCCGCCGGUGUUUUCCCGGGCCGAGUACCACACAGCUGUGAGUGAGAGCACCCCCCCGGGCACCGAGCUGCUGCGGCUGGCAGCCCACGAUGCCGACUCGGGCCCCUAUGGCCAGGUGCGCUACAGCAUCAGUUCUGGAGACCAGCUCAGGCUCUUCCAGCUGCAUGAGGCCACAGGAGCCCUGCGCCUGGCACAGUCCCUGGACCGAGAGACCCAGGCCCUGCACAGCUUGGUGGUGCAGGCAUCUGAUGGCCCUGGCGGGCACUUUGCCCUGGUGCCCAUCACCAUUGAAGUGAAGGACAUCAACGACAACAUACCCUACUUCCCAGUGAAGACACUGAGUGCCAGUGUGCGGGAGAACCUGCCGCCAGGCACCCUGGUCACCACUCUGCAUGCCUUCGACGCCGACACCGGGACCUUCGGGGAGCUGCGCUACACUGUGCUGGAGCAGGCAGUGGGGGAGGUGGGAGCCCCUGAAGGCAGGGAUGUCUUCUUCAUCAACUGGACCUCCGGGGAGCUGCGCUCCCGCCUUGCCUUUGACUAUGAGCGUGCCAAGGCUUUCCAGCUACUGGUGCAGGCCACGGAUGCCGGCAACGCCUCAGCCACCGUCACUGUGCGGGUGCUGGUGACCGGCGAGGAUGAGUACAGUCCUGUCUUCCUGAGCCCGGACUUCAGCUUCCAGGUGCCUGAGGGCGCCCACAAGGGCCAGAGCAUUGGCCGGGUGCUGGCCACCGACGAGGAUGAGGGUGUGGACGGCGUGGUGCUCUACUCUUUAACUAAGCCCUCGCCAUACUUUGGGGUCAACCAGACCACUGGCACCAUCUACCUGCGCGUGGACAGCCAGCCGCAGCCAGCAGGGCGGGCCAAGCGGGAGCCUCGGGAGAUGAACCUAGAGGUGCAGGCCCGCAGCCCGCUUCCUUCCUCCCGCUCAGCCUCUGCUCAGGUCUCCAUUGACGUCACCCACACCUCCUUCGGCCUGGUGCCGGACCUCAACUUGCUGCUGGUGGUAGCUGUGGCUGCCUCCCUGGGUGUGGUGGUGGUGCUGGCCGCCGUGGCCAUCAUCUUGGUGCUGGUCCGCUCCCGGCACCGGCAGGAACACAAGAAGCCAGAGCAGGACUCGCAGCUCAACCGCAUGCAGAGUGGCUCCUUGCAGAAGCUAGGCCAUGAGGAGCCGGUACUGCCCGGCAGUGACCGCAUCUAUCACCAGGCCCUGCCAGGCUAUGGCAGCGAGUCGGCUGGACCCUACCCGCGGGGUGGCUCCCUGGACCCCUCUCACUCCAGUGGGCGUGGCUCAGCCGAGGCAGCCGAGGACGAUGAGAUCCGGAUGAUUAACGAAUACCCACGUGUGGCCAGCAUCACCUCCUCCAUGCAGGAGCACAUCUCAGCCCGUGGCCCCGACUCGGGCAUCCAGCAGGAUGCUGACCAGCUCUCUGACAUCUCCUGUGAGCCUACCACCCUGGAGAGCGCCCAGUGGUUCAAGAGCAAGAAGGGCUCCAGCCUGCUGCUGCCUGGGCAGCCGCCCCAUCUGUACCGUGAGGAUGGGGGCAGUAGCACCUUCCUGGGCGUGGGCUGUGGCCUGAGCGUCUCCUCCCACCCCAAGGACUACACCUUCCCUGAGGACGGCAAGCCCUCUGUGGAGGGCUCCCUCACCGCCGUCGUGGCCAGCGAGGAGGAGCUCCGCGGUAGCUACAACUGGGAUUACCUGCUGAACUGGUGCCCCCAGUUCCAGCCCCUGGCCAGCGUCUUCACUGAGAUCGCCCGUCUCAAGGAUGAGAGCUCCCUGCGCAAGCCCUUCCAAGCCAAGCCCAAGGCAGAGCCCAAGCCCCGCAUUGAUCCUCCGCCCCUCAUUACCUCGGUGGCCCAUCCCGGGGCCAAGUCAGUGCCCCCCAAGCCAGCAGUGGGCAGGACCUUCCCGCACCUGUCCUCCCUGCGCCGCUCACCCAUCAGCCACGAGGGGUCCAUCUCCUCCUCGGCCAUGUCGCCCAGCUUCUCGCCCUCGCUAUCCCCACUGGCCGCCCGCUCCCCUGUGGUGUCACCUUUCGGUGUCUCCCAGGGGCCCUCGGCCUCUGCCAUCAGCGCCGAGCACUCGCUGGAGCUGCCUGAGGAAGCUGAGCUCAGGAUUUAACCCCAGGCUCCCAUGGACUCUCAACCCCUCCUGCUAUUCUGUGCAGCCUCCAGGCAAAGCAGGGGCGGGGGCGGAAGGGCUGGAUCUGCCACCCCCACAGGCUGCUGCAUUCUCAGACCCCAGCAGGUUGCUGGUUCUGGUUCCAGUCCCUCCACCUUGGCUGCCAGUUCCACUGCUAAUGUCAGCGCCCUGAUAGGCUACUUGUGGUGGUGCUGGUCCCACUGCCUCAAAUGGCUGCCGGUGCCAGUGCCUCCAUUAGUGCCAGAUCUGCUCUCUCAUGGUACUGUUUGCCCUGAGUGGUGGGGGGUGAGUAGUGUCCUUGCCACUCCUGCGGUUGCUGUGGCCACUUGGGACCUCACUCCUCCAGUCCUGUGGGCCAAGCUGUCCAGAUGAGGGGGGCAGCAGCUGCACCUGCCUGGGACAUGGGGUGGGGGGGGCAGACUGUGAGCCAGAGGCCAGGAAAGCAAGGCCAGACCCCCCUACGCACUGGGUGAGGGGUUCAGAGGGGGGGACACAUUCCAAAGAUAGGGGGAGCAUGGGCCAGCACACCAGAUAUCAUGCCAUGCACAUGCACAGAGCUCACUCUGUCCCUCACUCCCCAUCACCUCACCGUGAGGGCAGAUUCUGUUCCCUUCAGACCUGCCCAGACCCAGGAGAAAUCCCAUUCCCCGCAGGCCUGUCCAGCCCCAGAGUGGCGGGGAACUCUGUUUCCCACAGGCCUGUCCAGCUCCAGGAUACAGGGGACCUGGGGGAUGGGGUACACUACCCUGCAGGACUGGCCAAACACAGGAUGGCGGGUCCUAUUCCCACAGAGCCAGUGGGGAACAGAUCCUCUUCCCUGCAGGUUUGCCAGGGGGAAGGAGUAGGAAAUCUCAUUCCCUACCACCCCAUCCAGUCCUCCCCAGAGGGGGGGGGAAUCCUGUUCCCUGCCACCCCAUCCAGACCCAGGGAAGGAAUCCCAUUCCCUGCAGGCUCGUCUGGCUCCAGGGGGCAGAUCCGGUUCCCCACAGAUCAUCCACACCAGGAGCUUCCCAGCUCAUUGAUUCUGUUUUUUGCUGCUGAGACAAGCUGCAUGGAGGAGCAGCUUUAGGAGGGCCAGAGACCCUAACGGCUGCCACAGAACCUCACCUGCACCAGGGCCAGGGCCAUGCUUGGGCCUCUCCCAUGGCUGAGCCAGUCCUGAGACCCCUGGAGGGACAGGGCAGAUGGAGACAGCAUGGACUGCACCUGGGGCUUUCAGCAGCUGUCAGUCCCACUGCUGCACCUUCUCUUUCGGCAGCAAGAGAGCAUCCAAAUGAGCACACCCCACCCCCCACCAGCCCAGCAGGGGGCACUGCAGGCAGCAGGGCAGGGCGCUGGGGUGGGGGGAGAUUAAAAAGACAGGGACUGUUCAGGGUGGGUCUGUGCAUCCAUGAGGCCUCAUCGGGGAUAGGAUCUGUGCUGCUGCAAUGCCCUGCUGGUGGGAGUGCAACCAUGAUGCCUCCUCCCCCACCAGAGGGGGGUCUGUGCAGUUGAAAAAGACACUCCCUGCCUGUCUGCCCCUGGGCUGGGGUCCCUGCAUCCAGUGCCUCCACUGUAGGGGCCCUAUAUUCCCCUGUGGGAGGGGUGGACAACUGGUUGUGGCUGCUCAUCUCCUCCCCUCAGUAUAGUGCUGUGAGCAUGGCACAGGAACAUGCUCCCGUGGAGGCUGCUCCCCACCCUCGUGCUGCCACCCAUGUCUUGCUGCAGCCCAUCUUGGUGCCCCAUUGUCACUCUCGCAUGCUCAGCCUGGCACCAGAAUCAGGCCAUCCUUGCCCUGUGUCUUGCACAUGCAUGGACCGCGGAGCUCACAGACUGGAAUUGGGCAAAGGCUGCCUGCGGCCGAGACGAGCAGCGUGCUCCCCUGCCAUCCAGCACCAUGCACAGCACCAAUGCUGGGUGCAGGAGCACUGAGGGGAUGGCAGAGGCUUCCCCCGCCCCAUCCUGCCUCAGCUAAGUUUGGGGGUGCUACAUCUGUCUGUUCGCCUCCAUCCACCAGGCAUGCAGCAAUGCGCUGACUGGGCGAGGCGGGUGCAGAGCGAAGCAGGGUGCAGCAGAUCUGAACAGGCUGGGGGGGGUGGAGAGGUGCAGCCACCUAAGGUGUGACUUGGUGGGUGUGGUUGGGGGAG